CGCAGCGAACUGGACGGACGCAGGAAGACUUCCAUGCUGCGCACCAGCAGAGGACUGUACGGCAGCGACUCUUCUCCUCCACAGUGAAUUAACCCAAACGAGCGUGUAGUGAUUCUGCGGAGAGCCUUCACUUCACUGAGCUCACACUUUGUGUUUUGCCCUGCGCUCUGGGGAAAGUCGAUUGGAAUACAGGCCACAGCGAAACUUCCACACCGGGAGGACUCUGUCAAAGCAAGGCUGAUGCAAGGAUAGGCUGGAGCCUGAGCUUGAGGCUGGACUGAUUCUGGAGGACCAUAAUGGCUACCCAACCGAGACACCUGGAAUUAUACUCCCUUUGACAACAUCCCACUCAGUUUCCAUUGAACUUAGGAAGGAUCUCAGCUGAGUUCUCAUAGCAUCAACCAUUUCAUUUUUGCCUGCGGAUUAAGAUUAAGACUGCCAUCAUGCCUAUCCUGAAACAGCUGGUGUCUAACUCUAACCAGUCUAAGCGACGGUCUCGGGCCGACCUGACUGCAGAGAUGAUCAGCGCUCCACUGGGGGACUUCCGUCACACCAUGCACGUGGGCCGGGGGGGAGAUGCCUUUGGAGAUACUUCUUUUCUCAGCACCCGGUCUGGAGAACCUCCUAGGGAGCCAGAAAACAAGCAGAGCUCCCCAGGGUCCAAACAAGGGCUGCUGUCCCGCACCUUCAGAAGCAGCAAACGCUCCCAGUCAGUCAACCGGGGCGACAAGUACGAGAGCAGUAUGAUGGGAUCCUCUGGGGUGUCAUCCAACUUUGUGAAAAAUGCCAUAUCCCUGCCUUACCUAAAUGAGGAGGAUGCCAGUAGGGGCACCCAACUACCGAAGAGUGUCUCCUCCAGCCCGAUGAAGAAGCUGUCAGAGAUCGAGAGCAAACCAGUGAAUGGAGCAGCAGCCAUGGCAACGAUGGAUGCAGAGUUUGAUGAGCAUAACUUCGGUGAGCUGACAGAUUUGCCUCCAUCCAUGCCCAAGGGAGGUGGGAUGAAGCACGCAGAGUCUAUCAUGUCCUUCCAUAUUGACUUGGGCCCCUCCAUGCUGGGGGAUAUCCUGAGUGUGAUGGAAAAGAAAGGCUGGGAGGAGGAUGACCUGGGUUACGAGGAAGGCAAGGGCAGUGAGGGCCGUGGAUCACCCUCCCUCAGUCCCCCCAUGGAGGAUGAAGACCAGGCCCCAGUCAGGCCCCCUCGCGCCAUGUACCAGCAGAAGGCCAUGGUCGAUCCCUACACCCCAGAGCUGCCCACCAGGAACAACCACCAUCACCUGGAUAGCUGCUCUGUGUCCAGCUCUGGCUCAGCUGCCCUCGAGGAGAAACCUCACAACCACCUGCAUGAUAUGGACACAGACAGCGCAAAGUACAGCUCGCCACGUGGGGAAGAUGACAGAGAUUUCUCCUUCAUGGAUGAAGAUGACGAUGAGAUUCGAGUGUAACCUGGUAUUACUACCAUGAACAGUCUCGGAGGACGCUGAGGGAGACAAGCAUUUUCCACAAGAUGGGAAGCUAUCAGAAGCUGGGAAAGGGAUUUAGAGGCACGGUGAAAUGGGAGGACCCCCUCCUCAUUACACUACUUAUGGAUCUAGCUCAAUCUCUGCGCACUUUGUUCAACUAUACCUACUGCAUCAUAAAUAAAAUUCUACAAUUACGCCUUAGUCACCCUACCGUGGCCAGAAGAUGUGAACUGUUUGUGUGUGCUAGAGUUCCAGAUUGAAUGGAUAUUAAAAAAAAUCCCAUGAAUCCAUUUAUGCUCGCCAGUAACAGAAUUCCAGUGUUGACCACUGACAGAAGCUGAGAGACAGAUCGGAGAACUGAAUUACUGGCUCAUUCACCGUGUUUCUUUUCUUUCUUUCUUUAUACACACAGCAACACAUUGACACUCCUUGAAGUCUUGGGUUCAUUGCAUUUUGCUUUUUUUUGUUUGUUUUUUGAAAAAAAGACAUCCACUCCCCCAUGAUCAAACAAUAUUUAGCACCAAGCUCAAUUCCUGCCCUUCUCAACGGUGCAAUAAGGAGGAAGGAAAACCAUCAAGCCAAUGGUGAUGAGUGUCACAUUCUUUUAAAGAGGAAGUAACAGGUGACCAUGAGGUUGAAGGACUGUACCGCUGAUGUCAAUCACAUGGAGGUCAUUUGGAGAGUGUGUGAUUUGUGAGGUGAGGAAGAGGACAUGUGAGGCCACAGAUGAGAGUGGAUGUCUAAAACAGAUUCUGAGGAAGGAAGAGGGAAAGGAAAAGAAGUGAAACUGAGGUAGACUCAUGUCCCAGUGUGGGAGUACUAGCGACCGUGGAGCUUCAUUUGCCAAUGACAAUAUUGUGGCAUAGACACUAAAUAGAUAAAAUAGAUAUUACUUUUGCCCAUUUCUGCUUUUAAGGGGUAAUCUCUCUUAUUUUUUACUUUAUUUUGUGUACAUACAUAAUUCAGGACAUGUGCUGCAGUGGCUCAUUGUAUUUGAAAUUAGAUAUUUUGCCGCUUUCUAUCUUUGGCAAGUCGAGAUGCGCAAUCCACUUUUUUCAGUUCCGAUCUGGUUCUGAUACCCAAAUUUGGAUUUCUUCCGAUACAAUACCGAUACCAGGGCUCUUUUUUUUCCCUUCAAUAUUAUUAGCAUUAUUAUUAUUGUCGAUGUUGUUGCUGGUAUUAUGUGUAAAGUUACAUGCCAUAGUAAGCCACACAGCACCUCUUGUAAUUAAAAAAAAAAAUAUGGGGACUGUGUAGAAUUGUUUAAUUACUAAUACUGUGCUACAAUAUUUUGGCUAUUGGCUUAAAAUUGCAUCAUUAUAUAUUUAUUAUUCAUAAUGGUAUCUGGAUUGGUAUGUGGAUCGGUAAUGUCAGUCCGAUAUCCAGUGAGUGAGUUACGUCAGUAUCGGCACACAACAUCGAUGCCGGGGUUGGAUCGGUCCCAACUCUAUUGGCAAAGUCACUUCAUACUUAACAUUUACAGAUAGAUCAGAACCCGUGACUUUUGUCUUCAUAAGGGAUCAUACUUAAUGUAUGCGCACUGUUAUUUCUUCGCAAUUUUGGACGGCAGGAUUUUUCGAUAUGGUUCAUUUCUUAUCACAAUUAGUAAUGGUACCAUUCAUUGAGCCAGCGUUUUCCUUAGGUACCUUGAAUUGGCUACAUGGCACUUGAUUAAUGGACUCAAGUAGACACAAUGCUUGUCUAAGUCACAUCAAUUAGCUGAUGGUGACUUCUCCAAAUCACUGUCUCCCUUACACAAUUACUCACUGUUAGUGAAUGCUUCUUAAUUUACUUGUGUACAAAAAUGUGAAUUAUUAUUGGAAAAUGAGGCCUUUUGUACGUGUUUAGUGUCCUAUACUGUUUUUUUUUUUUUUUUUUUUUAAACCUUUGUUAAAACUGACUAGGACACAAGUUGAGACUGUGGCUGAAUAUGACUGUACAAGUGAUUUGUAUUUCUGUGUUGUCACAUCUCAUUCCACAUCAUUACUGAAGUUGGUAGAAUCAGCAGGUCAGCAGAGAGACAGAAGAAAUGUCUGAAAUGGAGUCAGUGGGUGUAGGAAGAAUGAUCGUUAUGCCUCUGUCCAAAAAUGUCUCUUCUCUCUACAUGCCUUUGUACACUUGUCUGAAACGAUUGGGCAAGAAUGUUAAAAGCUGAAGAAGGUUAUGUUAUCAUACUCCCAUAUGUUUCUUUUAGAGGGAAAUCAAAGAUGUCUUGGGGGCAAUGAGAGAAGAAGAUGUUUCUUGAACAGGCCCCAGGCGUGAAAAUGGGCACCUCCCCUUUAUCCCUCAAAUCACCCUGUAGUAACCGUUUAUUAAAUCAACCAAUCAUCUGUCCUUUCCCAGUGUUCUUACUCACUAAAUGUACUGACUGAAGGCCUCUUACCAGCUGGAAUUAUUCCACAAAUGACGAGUUAGGAACAGGAACAGGCAGGUGGGCUGUUUCUCCGGCUGUUUUGUGUUCACUUGGUUUUAUAAUGCAGAGAGCUCCCACUGCCUCAUUCAUUAGGCUCCUCUAGAUUGAUCGGGGUAUAUUUAGACAGAAAGACUUUCAUUCAUUUCUGGCUUCUUGAUUAAUGCAUAGUCUCCUCCUUUAGUUUGAAAAAAUUAUAUUUGCCAUAUGUAGUGAAUUGGGGGGUAUUGAAUUAGAUUCCUGUUUUGGCACGGAUGCAGGGGGAGGGCACAUUGCUCAGUUUGAUUUUAGCAAGGGAUUCAUCAUGCUAGGACGUGUUUUCAUUCAGUCAUGUGUUUAUGCAGUGUUUUACAAUCACGUCUGCAUGAAGAAGUUGCAAAAAUGAUUCAUUCAGAAAUUGAAAAUGAUCUGGUGGAAAAUGCCAAGUGAGUUGUCACCAUAAUUUUUGGUAACAAUAGGCAGGGUAAUGGAUUUUGUUUAUUUUUGACUUGUGUAUGGGCCGCAGUUUGAUUUCACGCCUCAGACCUCUUUAGCGUUUUUCAGGUAAAUGGGCCAAAUAUUAAGAUGUCUUUUACUUUAUGUCUGCUUUUUUUUUUAUCCAUUGUCAAACAUGUUAGUGGAUUGUGGAUUGUUUUGGCAGCUGCAAUCCCUCAGUUCCUCAUGUUCAUCACCAAGAAACGAAAUCUUCAAAAAGAACAAGAACACUCCUAUCUGCUGUUGAUUUAAGCACGUCAUGUAAAUACAAUUUGUGCCAUCCAUGGAUACAGUGAGCAGUCUUGGUUAUCAGCAAAAUUGCAUAGUGGCGCCAUCGAAAAGAACCACAAGAAGGCUUUAACACUAAUAGCACACUUGGGUGAGGUGGUAACUUAGCGUUAGUUUUAAUCUUCACGGGUUGCCAGAUGUGUGGAGCUUAAUGCAGCUGGGCAGUUUACACAGUCGAGUAGAAGCUGUCAAUCAGAAAAGUACACUAAAUUGAAAUACUUUCGAGUGAAUGUCUGAGCUUUCUGGUGCUGAUUGUGUUGCUUUGUGGGGAAACUCCACCCUAAGCGGGCCAAAAUAAACCAUAUAAAGGAAUCUGCAAGUACAGUUUGCCACAGGUCUGCUAAAAAGUUUUCAGUGCCCUGAUGUCUGUGGCUGGGUGAGUGGUGAAAAAGAUAGGGAUUGUGAAAAACAACUGGCUCAAAGUUCAGCUGUAGAAUGUGUGUGUGCGUGCGUGCGUGCGUGCGUGUGUGUGUGUGUGUGUGUGUGUGUGUGUUUUCCCAACUCAGUGACUAUAGUGUUAUGCCAAGUAUGUGCUAUUUUCUUUUCCUCUUCUUUCUCUGGUUUUACUGUAUAUUAAUAUAUAUUUACCUCCCUUUCUUUCUUUGAAAUAACAGCUAUAUUUUUCAAUAAAAGAGAAAGCUGGUAAUCUUUAA